AUUGAAGAAAUUCGGAAAAUGGAGGCGUGUGAAAGCGCAUGCGCAAAUCGAAACAAUUUACUAUUUCCCAGACGUAGCUCACAAGUGAGACAUCAACAAGCGUGAGGUGUUUCUGGUGCUCUAUUUGUUUGUUAAAUGAGUUACAGCUGUAUUUACUAUUAUUUUUCAAGUUCACUAACUGCUUUUACAUCUAAACAAGAUCGAUGCUUACUGGAAGCGUCACACAACUAUAUUUACACAAGUUACGCUUUUCCCUUGAAGAAACAUGUUUGGUUUCCACAAACCGAAGAUGUACAGGAGCAUUGACGGCUGCUGCAUCUGCCGAGCCAAGUCCUCCAGCUCGCGCUUCACUGACAGCACGCGCUACGAGAAGGACUUCCCAAGCUGUUUCGGAUUGUGUGAAACUCGAUCUGGAGACAUUUGCAACGCCUGUGUUCUCUUGGUGAAACGAUGGAAAAAACUCCCCGUGGGCUCCAAGAAGAACUGGAACCAUGUGGUGGAUGCAAGGGGUGGAUCGAGCUUAAAGACGACGGUGAGGCCAAAGAAGUCAAAGUCACUGUCCAGGAGAAUGAGACCAAGCCAGACCAGCGGCGUUCUGAAGAGACACAACUCGGACGCUCACAGCACUUCUAGCGCUUCCCCUGCUCAGUCUCCCAGCUACAGCAACCAAUCCGAUGAGGGUUCUGACAGCGAGCUUAACCCAGGAACUGGCCAAUCUCCUGUCUUCUCUUUCCUGGAUCUCACCUACUGGAAGAGGCAGAAGGUGUGCUGCGGUGUCAUAUAUAAGGGCAGGUAUGGGGAGGUGCUGAUUCACCCCCACCUGUAUAAACCCUGCUGCCAGAAACAGCAGCAGGCUCAACAGGAGCAGGAGGACGAGCACGCGGGAGAAGAGGAGGAGGAGGAAGAGGAAGAGGAGGUAGCCCAAGGGAGCAAAGAGAGUCUUCAGCCUCAGGUGGUGCAGUCACCUCCAAAAGCCAAAGAAGAGGAUGAGGAAGAGGAGGAUGAGGAGGAGGAGGAGGAAGAGUGGUGACCUCACACACUUGUGUGCACGUGUGCACACUUGCGCACGGAACUCCACUGGCACUCUAGAUCACCUUGGAGAUGGUGGUCAGAGUUUUGUUUUGUAUUGAAGUGGCCUCUGGUUGCCGUGGUUUCUGUCUAUUCCUUGAUUAUGGGAUAGCUCCUGCUGUGUUCUAACCUGCAGCCUGACUUUUGGCCUACACAAUACCAGGAUUUUCUUCUCUUUUAACAUGAAAUGCUGGAUCUCUGACCAAGCAACCGGGCACUGUGUGUGUGUGUGUGUGUGUGUGUGUGUGUGUGUGUGUGUGUGUGUGUGUGUGUGUGUG